AUGGCCCAGGGUGCUGGAUUUGCCGUCGCAGAGUCCUUAGUUGACCUCAACCAAGAGGCCUACAGAUCAAAUCGAGCCGCGUGGGAGCCGGUACUAAAGGAAUUUACCACCAACUUGAAGAAGACGGUAUCUGAAGGAACGGCACAAUCAACGAGCAGGCAUGAAUCUCGAGGACAACUCCUCGCGCGGGACAGGAUAUCGUUGUUGCUGGACGCGGAAUCACCGUUUUUAGAACUUGGCUCUUUUGCUGGCUUCGACCUUGAAGAGUCGAGUCCUUGUGCCAGCUUGUUGGCAGGCAUAGGAAGCAUCAGGGGCCGAAUCUGCAUGGUCAUUGCACACAUCGCAACUCAGAAGGGAGGCGCCUGGAACGAGUUGCUUGUAAUCAAGCAAAACAGAGUCACGGAAAUCGCCAGCGAGAAUGACUUGCCUCUUGUCGCCCUCGUUCAAUCGGCAGGGGUAUUCUUGCCACAGCAGUUUCGGGUCUUCCACAAAGGUGGCCAGAUCUUCCGUGACUUGGCUGUGCGGACACAAAAUGAUCAGGCCUCCUGUGCUGUUGUUUUUGGGUCGUCGACCGCGGGAGGCGCAUACCAUCCUGGGCUGUCAGACUACACCAUCUUUGUCCAAGACCAAGCGCAAGUCUUCUUAGCAGGACCUCCCUUAGUGAAGAUGGCAACUGGAGAGAUAAUCGAAGCCGAAGAGCUGGGGGGUGCACGAAUGCAUGGAACCAUAACUGGACUGGCAGAUCAAAUUGCGGUGGACGAGUUUGAUGCCAUCCUCAAAGCACGCGACUGGGUCAGCACUCUAAAGAUUCCUGACCGCCCGACCCGGCAUCUGAGGCAAAUAAUGGCCCCGAGAUAUCCCAUCGAGGACAUAUUCUCGAUAGUCAACCCUGACAUCCGGAAGCCUUUCGACAUGAAAGAGGUGGUCCUUCGACUUGUUGACGACUCGAGAAUGGCAACAUUCAAGCCAGCAUAUGGCCCCAACUUAUUGACCUGCUGGGCUCAAGUUAUGGGGAUACCAGUUGCAAUCAUUGCGAAUCAGACCCCUAUUAUCAACCCGGACGAGGCUUCAAAAGGGGCUCAGUUCGUGCGCAUGUGUAACCAACAAAACACCCCAAUCGUCUUCUUGCACAACGUGACCGGAUUCAUGGUUGGUUCGAAAUCAGAGCAUGCGGCUGUCAUCAAGAAAGGUGCUCAAUUCGUAUCGGCUGUCAGUUGUUCCAAAGUCCCACAUAUUUCCAUCAUCAUGGGCGCCUCUUACGGGGCGGGUAACUAUGCCAUGUGUGGGAGAUCAUAUCGACCGCGAUUUCUGUUCACAUGGCCAACAGGUCGGUGCAGCGUGAUGGGCCCUGAACAGCUAUCAGGAGUCAUGGCACAAGUUGAAGCCAACAGCGCCAAAAACAAAGGAAUCGUAUUGAAGGCUGAAGACGUCGAGGCCAGAGUGCAACGUCUGCGGGCCCAGGUCGAUCGAGACAGUAGUUGCUAUCGAACCUCGGGUGUGGUGCUCGACGAUGGAGUUAUCGAUCCCCGCGAUACACGCGACGUGCUAGGAAUGUGCUUGGAGGUUGUACAGUCACCGAAGAUACAAGGCAGUUCUGGCCAUCGCGGCCUCGCGAGGAUGUAA